AAAGCAAUUUUCAAAUCAUUCCGUUAGCAAUCACAAAACCCGUUCAGUUCACUUUACACUCCCCCCUGAUUGUAUUUAUUAAUUUGCUAGUGAUCUACUAAAGGAACAUUCGGUGGGGGCUAUCACGCCUGGUGCCUGACGUUAACCGAAAAUUAAAAUUACGACGACGAUAAAUAACAAUUGAUUACGAAACGAAUACGUUGCGCUGUUAAUAAACUCACGGGCGUAAUCUCCGCCGCUUAAGUUGACUUUCCAUUCCCAUUUAUAUCCCAUAUGAAAUCUGAAGUCUUAGAUUUGUUUGUGUUUCGUCUACGCGAUGUAAAUAGUCAAUAGUAAUAACACAUCGCUUGAAGUAGCGACGAACAAACAAAUUGAAAGUCAAGCAUACCGACUAAAAGUUGGUACGCUCUCUAUUGAACUGUUUUGAUGAUGCUCAAACGGCGAGCAUGAAAAGCUUCCCAACUUGCUAUUCCCACGAUUCCGUAGGCAACAAAAAGUCAGUCCCGCAUUUUGGCCGUUGUGAAAAAAGAAAAAAAAAAACACACCAGCUUUCAAUAUUGAAAGCAAAGCUGAAAAAAGGGAGAAGAAAAAAAGUGUCUAUCACGUCGAUAACCAUCGGACGCGGUCGAUCUGUCGAUCAAAAGAUAGGCAAUAUCUGGUUGUGUUCUCCCUUAUUCUCGCGGUCGUGUGCGGUUAUCUCUCUACAUGUUUGUUUCUCCCCCUUCCUUUAUAUCAUUAUUAUUCGACAAAGUUUUAGGUAACAGAUAUAGAAUUUCUGGCGAUGGGUUAACAUGGGGUUGCGCCCUCUCUCACUCUUCCUAUAAGAGGGGGUUUGUAAAAUAAAAAGACAAGAGGAUGGUGGGGGUCACGUGACCCUCUCUACUGUUGAGCGCUGGCGUGGGUGGGAAGAACAAAACGUCAAAGACAAAAACUUCAAACAAUAGCACCAGGGCUAGAUCGGCAGCACGCGCCUAUUUUUUCCCGUUGGUUCCAGCGCAGCGGGAGGGCCCCUCACUUGUGUUUCGCAUGUACUAUACCCUUUCUUUUUCUAUGGACGGACAGUUGUAUAUAUUUUUGUACUCCCACCUUGAUCCUAUUACGUUCUUUUAUCUUUUGAACAAAACAAAAACACCAAAAAAAAGAAGUGACCACAACGAAUUGCACCAGAGUCAAAUGUGUCUGUACUUUUAUCAGCAACAACCCGCUGUUGAUGAAUGUAUGAAUAGCUGCAGCCUCCCAUUUAUUUUGGUUCCGCUGAUUAAAGUCGUUCGCAUCUGUUGAGCGGAUGAUUGGUUUAAUGAUGAUGAUCAAUUGGAGUCGCAGCCGGACCGAUAUAGUCUGAUCAUUUACUGUGUCGAUUCGCGAUAAUCAAAACAUCUCACGGGAUACGAGUCGGUUCCACACACCAAAGUAUUUAGAACCCAACUAGUCGCCUCUAUAUGGGCCGGCGAGAAGAUUUGAUCGAAUUAAGACUGAUUGCGCUAAAUUUCAAUUGCGUUGCGAGUGAAUUGACAGCGAGGAGGAUUCAUCAUCUCUAGUCUUAAAGAGGAAGUCGUCAAUGAUUGGAUAUAAAGUGGCCCGUCGAUUUGUCUUGUUAACUCGCUCAAUUGGUUCCAAUUGAGCCUCGUUGUGGCGCCCCAUAAACGGGAUGAGCGCGCCGCUCGUACUCUGCGGGGUAGUCGCGUGACCCAUACAUACUCAGCUUCUCAUCUGCCCCCCUCCAGCAUUCCCUGUUUUUAUAGUUUUUUCUUUCUUAGUGCAUAUUGUGUGUGUGUGUGUGUUAUUUUUUUGUUUGACCCCUCCCUCAAAAAAUCGACAGCCAGCUGCUCCUAUAUAAACCGAAAUUCACUGAUGAAGCCAAGACCACUUGUUGCCAACGUCCCCGAUCGUGCGCUCGCGCUCUCCUCCCUGUGCUUGAAAGGAUGGCGCUCAAUUCGACGCAAGUUGUAGCCAAAGCGCAAGCUGAAACCCGAGGAAACUUUCACUCGAUUCAAGUAAUGUUGGGCUUCCAGCACGGAGAUCUCAAUUUCCCGCACGAAUUUCAUCACGACGAUGUUCACGACUUGGCUUCCACAUCUGCACCUCCAACUUCGGCCGGAUGGCCUUCGUGCGCCCAGCAAACGAAUUUGAAUGCGACGUCGGUGUCGUCGACUACCAGCGGAAAAAAGAGUGAGAACAAAAACAGCAAGAAGAGCGCAAACGACUCGGCUAACAACAGCACUACCAAGAAGAAGAAAACGAGGACCACUUUUACUCCCUACCAGCUGGAAGAACUGGAGAGGGCUUUCGAAAGAGCGCCCUAUCCGGAUGUCUUUGCUCGUGAGGAACUUGCUUUGCGCUUGCAGUUGAGCGAGUCCCGCGUUCAAGUUUGGUUCCAGAACCGGCGUGCCAAGUGGCGUAAGCGCGAACCGCCACGCAAGUUCCAACAGCAACAGCCACACCACGUCCACCAUCACGCCAACAACAGCAGCGCGGCAACCAACAAUUCUGUGGCGGUCAGCGCCACUUCUUCUUGCUCUUCUUCCUCUUCAACACUCCAUCACAACGGAAAUGGAAACGGAGGUUUUAGCUCGCUUCUCCCACCUUUCACUUCCUUCUCGUCUUACAAUGCGGCCAGUCACAGUCAAGACUGGCCAGCUUCGGCCGCCACUUACGACUAUUGCAAUACGGCCUGUAGCGGCAGCGGGAAUACGGGCGCCACGUCUUACGCCACCGGCUAUUACAACAAUAACAAUCCUGGAAGCGGAAGCAACUUUGUCAGCAGCUACACGGCCGACCCGUUCUUCAAUUCGAGUUUCAACAAAGGCCCAACGCCGACCGGAUUCCACGAGGAACCGGCACCGAAUUUCCGCGACUUUUUCCCGCCACAACCGAUCAAGACCAGUCCAACGGGCGAAUCCCCAGACGAAUUUAGUAAAUAAUAUUUCCAUGAAGAUUCAGAAUUACUUUUUUUUGUUUUUGUUCUUCGUGCGGAAGUUUACAUUCUGUCCGCAGCCAGUGCCGUCAGUACUCGUAUACUCAUUUAUGUAUUUAAUUUGAUUCAUUUCAUUAAUGGCUACCGUUUAGUGCCUUUUCAUCUCUUAAUUUUCUGUCUGUCUGCCAAUAUGUCGUGUUUUGAUUUAUUUCUACCCAUUUGUCCCUUUUUACCUGAUUUCAAUUCAUACAAUCCGUAAAAAGAAAAUAUCGAGUGAUUAUUCGAGCGAUUUUACAGUUUACUAAUAUUCCUGUGACGGGGAAUACAACUUCACCGCAAAAAUGGUAAACAAGGGAAAAAAGGGUAGAACAGAGCAUUAAGUCAAUUUCAGAACUGUCAUGUGACUUUCCAUUAAAGUGGUGAAUAACGCGGCAUCCAGUCUCCCAUGGCAU